AGCCAUAAAAUGUCUAAUAUAUUAUCAGCCAUAGUCUUGCUUCUGCUAAUUGCAUCUCUCUUGCCUUUCAUUUGCAUUCUAUGCGUUGCCUUACGGUGGCCAAAACACCAUGAAAAAGAUGACCCAAAACUACCUCCAGGUCCCCGAGCUCUACCCAUCAUUGGCAACCUGCACUUGCUAGGCUUUCGACCACACCAAAGCCUUUAUCAUUUGGCCAAAGAAUAUGGUCACAUCAUGUUCUUGAGACUAGGCAAAGUGGAAACCGUUGUGGUAUCAUCAGCUCAAGCAGCUGAGCUAUUCCUUAAAACCCACGACACCGUUUUCGCUAAUCGUCCCCAAAUCCUAGCUUCCCAUUACUUGUCCUACGGUGCUAAGGGCAUGAUUUUUGAUGAUUAUGGUCCUUACUGGCGCAAUGUUAGAAAAGUGUGCACACUGCAUCUUCUUAGUGGAUCAAAAGUCGAGUCCUUCGCACCUAUGAGAAAGGAAGAGCUAAACUUGCUGGUGGAGACGAUUAAAAAGGCCGCUGAGGUUCAGGAGCUGGUGGAUGUUAGUGAGCAGGUUGGAGACAUGAAUGAGAACUUGAUUUGCAGGAUGAUAUUUGGAAAACGUAGGAAUGAUAAAUUCGACUUAAGGUCACUUAUUAAGGAGUCCUUGGACUUGGUUGGGGCUGUGAAUAUUGCUGAUUACGUUCCUUUUCUUGGAGCGCUUGACCUUCAGGGAUUGACACGACGUAUGAAGGCAUAUAGAAAGGACAUGGACAAAGUGCUAGAGAAGAUUAUCGAUGACCAUGAACAAGAUGAUCGUUGGCAAACAAAGGAACAAAAGGAUUUCAUCGAUGCGUUGCUUUCUUUGAUGAACCAAACCAAGAAUUCCAAUGGUGAUGACCCAGCUUACGUAAUUGAUCGAACUUGUAUCAAGGCUAUUAUACAAGACAUAAUCGUAGGUGGAUAUGAGACUUCCACCUCUUCCAUUGAGUGGACAUUCUCAGAACUCCUAAGGCACCCACGAGUCAUGAAAUGCCUCCAACAAGAAUUAGAAACUGUUGUUGGAUUGGAUAGAAUGGUGGACGAGACAGAUUUGCCAAAGCUAACUUAUUUGGAUUUGGUGGUGAAAGAAAGCUUAAGGCUACAUCCAACUUUACCCUUGAUUCCACGCAAGUGCGUGGAGGACAUCACCGUAAAUGGAUAUCAUAUACCCAAGAAUUCAAGAAUUCUUGUAAAUGCGUGGGCUAUUGGGAGAGACUGCAAUGCGUGGUUAGAUAAUGCAGAAGAAUUUUUCCCAGAAAGAUUCAAAGAUACAAGCAUAGACCUCCGCGGACGCCAUUUUCAGCUUAUCCCAUUUGGCUCAGGACGUAGAGGCUGCCCUGGGAUGCUACUGGGAUUAACGAAUGUUCGACUUGUUGUGGCUCAACUAGUGCAUUGCUUUAAUUGGGAACUCGUGUUCCCUUAUGAUUUGGACAUGACUGAGAAAUAUGCCCUAACAACGCUAAGAGCAACUCACCUUUCUGCUGUGCCAACAUAUCGCUUACCUGUAAAACAUCCUUAAUUAAAGUUAUCUCUAUUGUCUAAUUCAGAACCUCAGAGGACAGGUGCUACAUAAUAACAAUAAGAGCACCUGCGUUGAGGGAAAAAAUCUCUGAAGGUUUAAACUCCGAACUAUUAUAGCAUAGCCAUUUGUAUUGCUAUUCGCAUCGCUCUGCUUUCGCUGUAGUUGUAAACUUGUAAGUUGUGAUAUACUAGUCUGAUACGUUUGCGUAGUUGAUUUGAACUGGACGCACUGAAGAAGAAGGGCAGCGUCAAUCCAUGAGUCGGAUGCAUUGAGUAACAUCAUUUUGUUUUUGACUUCGUU